GUUUGAGGAGUCCAAAAGCAUCACUAUCUUUGCUUCUUCGGCAACCGUGUCUGAGACAGUGAGAGAGACUCCGAGGAAGACUGAGGGGAAAUAAAGAAAUAGAAAGAGCGAAGAAGACAAUGGAGAGCAGCGAGGAAGACGACGAGUACCCAUAUAUCGAAAGCAUCAUUCCUCAGUCAAAGAUCGAUUCCGUUCACCAGUCGCUCACCGAAAAGGGAAUUAGAAAACUGUGCUGUGAGCUUUUGGAUUUAAAGGAUGCUGUGGAAAAUAUGUGCGGUGAUAUGCGUACUAAGUACCUUGCUUUCUUACGGAUAUCUGAAGAAGCAGUGGAGAUGGAGCACGAGUUGGUUGAGCUACGGAAACAUAUAUCUUCGCAGGGGAUUCUUGUGCAGGAUCUGAUGGCUGGAGUUUGCCGUGAGAUGGAUGAUUGGAAUCGAUCAGCUGGUGAUGCAGAUGACGUUCAAGACAAAGAUGAUCCCUUGCCUGAUGAAGUAACUGAUCCAAAGUCUGAGUUUCUUGAGAAAAUUGAUCUUCUUUUGGCUGAACAUAAAGUGGAUGAGGCACUGGAGGCGAUGGAUGCUGAAGAAAGAAACUGCCCAGAUCUUAAAGGAUCAGUNACACUUUCACUCCCGAAAACAGAGUGGUUCACGGAGGCAGCCAAGUCAGCAAUCAACAGGCUACUGACGGGGUCUGAGGAUGCUUCAGAACCGGAAGAAGAUGAGUGUGAAGAAGACGAUAAUCACAUCGUCCUCCCUGAGAUAGAUGAAGAGGAAGACUCAGAUUCCGCAGAAACAUCUUCACUUUCAACCAUGGACUCGUUCGAGUCAUUCGCCUCUGCGAGCAUGGCUGACCUAGAGAGUCCUUCCUUCACCGAUUCUGAGGACUCAAUCGAAAUCUCCUGCGUUUUUCUUUUUCCCCNCUUUGGGGAAAGUGUAUUAACAAGGAUACUGCAACUAUAUGAUAAAUACAUCGACUUUCUGAUCAAAGCCUUGCCUGGACAUUCAGAUGAGGAUGGUCUCCCUGCGCUCCAAGAUAAUAACGUACUCGCUAGAGCUGAGACAGAUUCUGAGCAGCUUGCUCUUCUUGGAGCGGCGUUUACAAUACUUGAUGAACUGUUACCAAAAUCACUUGUUAAAGUCUGGGAACUCCAGAUUGAAAAUGGUGGAGGAGAAGGUGAGAGUAGUGCUGCUCUAAACAGUAGCGCUGCACCAGAACUGAAAGAAUGGAAACGCCACAUGGUUCAAGCAUUUGACAAAGUCAGAAACUACUUCUGUCUGCAGUUUGUCUUGAGCUUCAUCUACUCCAGGGAAGGGCUAACACGAUUAGACGCGCUCAUUUAUUUAACCGAAAUACCAGAUGACUCGAAUCUGCCCUCUUUACCGUUUCAGGCAUUGCUUUCUAAGCUACAACAGUUGGCCGUAAUUGCGGGGGAUGUUUUGCUUGGUAAAGAAAAGCUGCAAAAGAUUCUACUAGCGAGAUUAACGGAGACGGUUGUAAUCUGGCUAUCAAACGAGCAGGAGUUUUGGAGUGCAUUCGAGGACGAGUCAAAUCCACUUCAGCCAUCUGGGUUGCGACAGUUGAUCCUAGACAUGAACUUCACAGUUGAGAUCGCGCGGUUUGCGGGGUAUCCAUUUAAAGUAGUUCAGAACCAUGCAUCAGUGGUGAUCAAUCGAGCCAUCAACAUAUUCUCCGAAAGAGGCAUCAACCCACAAAGUUCACUCCCGAAAACAGAGUGGUUCACGGAGGCAGCCAAGUCAGCAAUCAACAGGCUACUGACGGGGUCUGAGGAUGCUUCAGAACCGGAAGAAGAUGAGUGUGAAGAAGACGAUAAUCACAUCGUCCUCCCUGAGAUAGAUGAAGAGGAAGACUCAGAUUCCGCAGAAACAUCUUCACUUUCAACCAUGGACUCGUUCGAGUCAUUCGCCUCUGCGAGCAUGGCUGACCUAGAGAGUCCUUCCUUCACCGAUUCUGAGUCUUGACCACUUUUGUAUUUUUUGUUGUUGUAGUAUCAUCGAGUAAAAUAUAUACUUUUAACCAGAAAUCAGAUAAUUUAUCCGGUUUAGAUUGGUUUA